AUGAGUCAGGUAAGCGAAAGAAAGUUCUUGCUCUCUCCCCCCAUCCCCCCCUCCACCAUGUCGUUUUCCCCCCACGACAUCUCCGCGCCUUUCGAUUUUCCGAGGGAAGAGGAAAAGGUGCUCAAGUUCUGGGAGGAGAUCGACGCGUUUCAGACAAGCUUGAAACUAUCUGAAGGCAGGCCGGAGUACGCUUUUUACGAUGGGCCUCCCUUUGCAACUGGAUUACCCCACUAUGGGCAUCUCCUCGCUGGGACAGUGAAGGACAUCGUUACCCGCCAUGCUCAUGCGAGUGGAUUCCACGUCAUAAGACGGUUUGGAUGGGACACCCACGGACUCCCCGUCGAACAUGAAAUCGACAAGAAGCUCGGCAUCACUGGAAAGGCCGAUGUCAUGAAGCUGGGGAUCGAUAAAUACAACGCCGAAUGCAGGAGCAUCGUCAUGCGCUAUGCCUCCGAGUGGCGCAAAACGGUCGUUCGCAUGGGCCGCUGGAUUGACUUCGACAACGACUACAAAACGCUCAACAUCACCUUCAUGGAGUCCGUCUGGUGGGCAUUUAGCGAACUUUUCAAAAAGGGCCUGGUAUAUCGUGGCCUGCGGGUACUGCCGUACUCAAUGGGUCUCACAACACCAGUAUCUAAUUUUGAGGCCAACAUGGACUUCAGAGAUGUCAACGAUCCAGCGGUCACUGUCGCUUUCCCUCUUGUUGACGACCCAAGUACCUCUCUCCUCGCAUGGACGACGACUCCAUGGACUCUACCUUCUAAUCUUGCCCUCUGUGUGCAUCCCGACUUCACCUACAUCAAAAUCCACGACCAGGAAAAAGACCAAAACUUCAUCAUUCACGAGCGCCUAUUAACAACCCUCUACAAAGACCCGAAGAAGGCGAAAUACAAAAAAUUAGGGCAGUUCGUUGGCGUAGAUAUGAAGGGUUGGAGAUACGUGCCGUUAUUCGAAUACUUUACGGAGAAGUAUGAAGACCGGGCGUUUCGCGUUGUCGUCGACACCUACGUAACAGACAGCGAUGGUACUGGAAUUGUCCACCAAGCCCCUGCAUUUGGUGAAGACGACUAUCGUAUCGCUCUUGCCAACGGAAUCGUUCGUGACGAUGAAAUGCCACCCUGUCCUAUCGAUGACGCCGGCCGCUUUACAAGCGAAGUUCCUGACUUUGAGGGUCUGAACGUCAAGGCUGCAGAUAGUCCCAUCCAGAAAGUCAUCAAGGGAAAGGGUCGCCUGAUCGUACAGACGAUGAUGAUGCACUCGUACCCUUUCUGCUGGCGGUCUAAAACUCCGUUGAUCUAUCGCGCUGUUCCCGGCUGGUUUGUCCGGGUGGCCACCAUCACAGACGAACUCGUCGCCAACAACAAGGAAACACGAUGGGUGCCGCAAUUUGUUGGCGACAACCGUUUCGGUAAUUGGCUCGCAAAUGCCCGAGAUUGGAAUAUUUCUCGUAAUAGGUAUUGGGGCACGCCCCUUCCUCUAUGGGCUUCGGAUGAUUUCAAAGAGCUCGUCUGUGUCGGCUCUGUUGAAGAGUUAGAACGGUUAUCAGGCGUCAAGGGCAUCAAAGACCUCCAUCGAGAAAGCAUCGACCAUCUCACUAUACCAUCUUCGUCCGGCAAUGGCAACCUUAAACGAGUCGAUGAAGUUUUUGACUGCUGGUUCGAGUCCGGAAGCAUGCCAUACGCGCAACUACACUAUCCCUUCGAAAACAAAGAGCUCUUCCAAAACUCUUUCCCGGCCCAGUUCGUUUGCGAGGGUAUCGACCAAACACGUGGCUGGUUCUACACAUUACUAGUGCUUUCUACCCAUCUUUUUGGGAAAGCGCCUUGGCAAAACCUCAUUGUCACUGGACUUGUUCUGGCCGCGGACGGCAAGAAGAUGAGCAAGAGUGCGAGGAAUUAUCCUGAUCCUACGAUCAUCUUAGAUAAGAUGGGUGCUGAUGCGACAAGAAUGUUCCUCGUCAACUCUCCCAUUGUCCGCGGUGAUAACUUGCGUUUCCGGGAAGAGGGUGUGCGAGAGGUCAUCUCUCGAGUUCUUCUACCCUGGCUUAACUCCUUCCGCUUCUUCCUUGGACAAGCCACCCUUUUCAAGAAGACCCAUGGAGAAGACUUUGUCUAUAACCCGCAUGCCCCAGUGCCAAACAAUGUCAUGGAUCGAUGGGUGCUCGCUCGGUGUCAGUCACUCAUUCAGCUCGUCAAGGAAGAGAUGGCAGCUUACCGACUCUAUACCAUCAUCCCGCGUUUGCUCGACCUGGUCGACGAACUCACGAAUUGGUACAUUCGGUUUAACCGGAAACGACUGAAGGGCGAGGAGGGCAAAGAAGACACGCGUGUGGCGCUAAAUACCCUUUUCGAGGCGCUUUUUACCCUCUGCAGGACAAUGUCCUCGUAUACCCCUUUCAUGACGGAGAACCUGUACCAGACUCUGAAAACUUUCAUUCCUCAAGACCCCGUUGCUGGCGAUGUCCGUUCGAUCCACUUCCUGCCGUUCCCGGAUGUGAAGGCGGAAUAUUUCGAUUCUGAUAUCGAGCGUCAAGUCAAGAGGAUGCAAGCUAUCAUCGACCUCAGCCGCAACAUCCGUGAGACAAACAACCUCUCGCUCAAGACGCCGUUGAAAGAGCUCCUCGUCUUCAAUGCGGACGAGCAGUACAUCCGGGACGUGCAACCGCUGCAACGAUACAUCGAAUCUGAACUCAACGUCCGCGAUGUCGUCUUUAGCAGCGACGAAGCCGCGUCCAAUAUUCGCUAUCGUGCUGUUGCUGAUUGGACCGUCCUCGGUCGCAAGCUAAGGAAAGACAUUAACCGGGUCAAGAAGGCAUUGCCGGAUGUGUCCAGCGAUGCAGUCAAGGCCUUUAUCGAAACGGGAAAAAUCAGUGUGGACGGCAUCGAACUUGUCACGGGCGACCUCACCGUCCAGCGCUACCUCGACAUUCCUGCCGGGGCUCAAAAGCAGUUUGCGACAAACACGGACAACGAUGUUGUCGUGCGCCUCGACAUCCAGAUCCACCCUGAGCUGAUGGGCGAGUGGUUAGCGCGGGAGCUGACGAACCGUGUCCAGAAACUGCGCAAGAAAGCGGGGCUGCAGGCGACCGACGAUGUCGAUGUGUUUUUCCAAUUCGAGGGUGGGGCCGGCGCAGACCUUUUGUCAGCGAUUGCGGAGCACGCGGAGAUGAUCCGUCGCGUGCUUGGUGGCCUGCCUGUUGACGCGAAAGAGCGCAAGCCCGGGACAACGCUGGUGAUUGAGGAGGAGCAGGAGGUCGCGGAGACCAAGUUCAUGUUGUAUCUCGUCAAAUCUUAG